UUAUCAUUAGGUUGCUAGACAACUUGUGAAGCCAGUAGAGGUGGCCUGUUUAAAUAGCCACUAGGUAAAUAUUUUAUCUGUGAAUGAACACGUGAAUUGUACAGCAAGUCAUAUUUGACAAGGAUAUGGACUAGGCUACUUGUUGGAGGCUGAACCGCCUCUGCUGCAGAAAUGUUUAUUUUGGCCUCUGGGAAGAAAGCUGCAUGUGCGUGUGCGCGCGCAAAAGCUCCGGAAAGGUGAGCGCUUGAUUCGACUACUCCAAGAAGCCGCCUCUGACAGUCUGUGGGAUUGCCCUGUGUUUCUUUUCUGCAGAAUCUAAAUAUAAGUCGAUGACAAAUCGUCCAAAUACAGUAGCAACCCAACUGCGAUGUGGGGGUGGUGCUGAGAGAACAGCUCCGUCUCCAAAGUCCCCCCUCUGUUGGAUCCGGAGUCCGCCAGGAGAAGGUCGCAGAGAGUCUCAGCUCCCACCUGCACUUUGAUGAUUUUUUUUUGUUGUUGUCUUUAUUAUCAUGAAGAGACAAAACGCCAGGACUCUCGCCCUCAUCAUCAGCAUCCUCACCUACCUGGUGGUCGGAGCGGCCGUCUUCGAGACCCUGGAGUCGAAACAGGAGAAGAGUCACAAGAGGAAGCUCGACGCCAGAAAGUACGAACUCAUGCGCAAAUACAACUUGACCAAAGAGAACUUCGAGGAGCUGGAGCACGUCGUCUUACAGCUCAAACCUCACAAAGCAGGGGUGCAGUGGAAAUUUGCUGGGUCCUUUUACUUCGCCAUCACUGUGAUUACGACAAUAGGUUACGGCCAUGCAGCGCCCAGCUCCGACUCAGGGAAAGUGUUUUGCAUGUUCUACGCCCUCCUGGGGAUCCCGCUCACCCUGGUCAUGUUCCAGAGCCUGGGUGAGCGGAUCAAUACGUUCGUCAGGUACCUGCUGCACCAAGCCAAGAAGUGCCUGGGAAUGCGUCAGACUGAGGUCUCCAUGGCAAACAUGGUGACCGUGGGCUUCUUCUCUUGCAUGAGCACCCUGUGCGUAGGGGCCGUGGCGUUCUCCCACUGCGAGGGAUGGAGCUUCCUCCACGCCUUUUACUAUUGCUUCAUUACGCUCACCACUAUCGGGUUUGGAGACUAUGUGGCUCUGCAGAGGGAUGACGCGCUGCAGAAUGACCCUCGGUAUGUGGCUUUCUGCUUUGUCUACAUCCUGAUGGGCCUGACUGUGAUCGGAGCGUUCCUAAACCUGGUCGUGCUUCGCUUCCUGACCAUGAACACCGAGGAUGAGCGGAGGGACGCCAAGCAGAGGGCCUUGAUGUCCGUCACUAAGCCCAGAGGAGAGGUGGCUCGCCUAAUACCAAUCUCAGCCUCAACCUCUUCCACACCUGUAGCAGACGACACUACAAAGGCUAAAGAUUUAAAAGGUGUCUACACUGAGGUGCUGCAUUUCCAGACUAUAUGCUCCUGCUUGUGGUACCGGAGCAAGGAGAAACUGCAGGGCUCCAUACCCACUAUGAUCCCUCAGGAGCUGACGUUCUCGGAUGCCUACUUGCAGCAGAACACUAACUGUCCUCACUACAUGGAGCCUGGAUCAACAGGCUGCGUUUGCAGUCCACGUCAGUGUUCAAGCAUAAGCUCCAUAACAACAGGCCUACACAUUCUCUCUCCGUUCAGGGUGUUUAAGAGACGCAGCUCCGUCUAGCCUUGCAAUACAGCAGAUUUCAGUACAGCACAAUGCAUCUACUGCCAAGUGGACAACAGAUACUUGGCAGUCCUCACAGCAAAGACAUGACUGCAAGUAGAUGUUUGUGGUGCUAUAAUCCCAGUAAACCAACAGUAGAACUCGCAAAAGGUAAAAGCACAUAAAAUACUGUAAACAGCAAAGUCUUACUCAAAUACGGAUUUGAGAAAGCACAGCAUGCAAUGUUUUGACUUGAGGUCUUAUUCAGGGGCGUCCCGUGUGCUUUGACAAAUCAUGUAGGAAGUCAUCUGGGUCACUACACAUGAACACAUGAACACGCUGCAGUACAUGUGGUGUACACAACGCAGAACAGCUGCUGCAGGAGGCGGUUCAGGUUGAGUCAACUGAGCAACGGCACAAUAAAAUAACUGAAACCUCUUAGACAACAGCUCUGCAGUAAAUUCCAAUGUUGUGUUUUUGUUGAUAAUCUCAGAGGUGCUGAUUCAGCUCAGGGGUUAUUGCUUAAAGUUGUAGUUUGUAAUGUUGUUUGUUUGUUGUUUUCCUAUGUUAGACACAUGUCUUGAUGAUUUUUUAGACAUUUCCCAUCAUAGCAAAUGUGACCGAUGCAGCACCAAUUUAGACAACGACUUUAUGGCGUCAUAUAAGUUGUCUUGUGUUGUCCUAAAAACGUAUCUAAACAAAUCGUGAUUGUCAGAACUUUAUUAAAGCUGCCACACACUGAUAACUCAAUAUGACUCAUUCCCUGUGUAGCUGCCUCUAUUGUGAUUUUCAGUGCUCUCUGCCCAAAUUGCUGGUGCAUCAGUCACAAACACUGCAAAAUUAUAUAACGUCACAAGUGGUGAAGUUCAAAAAAUCACGAUGACAUAUCCCAAACACUGUAAAACUGCAUUAGGAAAGAAGUACAGUAAUCAUAAGUAGCCACUCAUCAGCACUGACUGAAACACACUUAACUGGAUUUGUUCAACAACACUACAAACCACUGCUUUAAAAACCAUCAAUCAUCGGGCUAAAUCAACAACUCUGACAGUCUUAACAAAAACUGAACAUGAUUAGCUUUACCAACCUGGUAUUCCCUGCAGGGUUACUGUAUUGCAAGGUGUUUCCGUUACUUUGUCCACCCCUGUAGCUGAUGGUUGGUUACAUUAGUGGCUAUUUGGCACUGCUGGGUCCAGAAGUCAGUCUAGAGCAGGUCUGCUUCAUGGGGUUUCCAUUGUCAUGCUUUUACUACAGUAAAUACACACCAAACACCCAGGUACUUGUGAGGUACAGUUGUUGCACUAUUAAAGAAAUAAUAAACAUUUUGGGAAAUAAAUAAUAAUAAUAAUUUGCAGAGAGUUAGAUGAGAAGAUCGAUAUGAGUGUCAUGUCUGUGCAUUAAGUAUGGAGCUGGAGCUAGGAAGUGAUUAGUUUAGCUUAGAAUAACAACUGGAAGCAGGGAAAACAGCUAGCCUGGCGCUGGCCAAAGUUCCAAAAUACCUCUACCAACACCUCUAAAACUUUGUUUGUUUAAAGGAAUAGUUCAAUGUUUUGGGAAAUACGCGCUUAUACGCUGUCCUGCCAGAUGAGAAGAUCAAUCCCACUGUCACGUUUGAACGCUAAAUAUGAAGCUAAAGCCGAGAGUUAGAUGAGAAGAUUGAUACUACUCUGACUUUGUAUAUAAAUAUGUAACUUGUUAGCUAGUUACCUGGAGCCAGCCAGGAGCCGGUUAUUUUAGCAUAAACACUGGAAAAAGGGGGAAACACCUAGCCUGGCUCUAACAUGUUAUAUCUUGUUUGUUUAAUCUGUACAAAAAGUGCAAAACGAUGAUAUGGUUUAACACAGGGUUAUAUGCAAACUAUUCCUUCAGUGCCAACAAGACUCCAGGAUGUUAAUGCGCCAGGCCAAGAAAUAAUCCGGCACAUAACCUCCUGGAAAACCAAAAAUGUUGUGUGUUUUUGUACGGAUUCAACAAACAAGGUAUAUUGUGUUAAUUAGUGAGCUUUAGAGGUGCUGGUAGAUGGAUUUUGUUACCUUAGGACAGAGCCAGGCUAGCUGUUUCCCCCUGCUUCCAGUCAAUGCUACGCUAAGCUAAUCGGGGACUGGCUCCAGGUUCAUAUUUAGCAUACAGACAGCACUGGCCCGCUCUAUCGGCUGAAUAUGCAAUUGUGUAGGCUCCCGCGAAUCCUUUUUUUUAAUAAAAAAUGUUGAGACCCUCUCAAUGGGACUGUAUUUCACCAGCAGAGUAAACAUGAGGAUUGCUGAAUUGCCCCCGACAUUGUGCACAAAUGAAGAGAUCAAAAAUUCCACCUGCUUUCAUGUUGCAUUCUGUCAGGUCAACAGGCACUGCCAUCAACAAACAGCAGGGGUCAUGCAAGUAUGCUAAAUAAAUAUCAAAACCCAUCAAAAUGUAGGCCUACUGAAUUGAAAAAUAUAUUUAUAGAUUACAUUACAGUAAUCUACAGUUAUAUUUGCGGCAUCUAUAAUACCGCAAAUUCAAUUAACGCCAAAUAUAAAUGAACCAUUCAGAUUAUUAGUGCAAGAAUGAUUUCAUUUUUUUUCGAGAUUAUUUUGAAUUGUAUGACUGCUGGUGAGUGUUGGCUGGGUUGUAUUGUUUUUCUGCCAACAUGCCUGUCGUCAAGUUGUAUCACCCUCAUUUUUCGUUGACAGUUUAGAAAGACUUUUUGCCUUGAGGAUGUUGCUGAGACCUCUGAUUUAAGGUCUGAGGGCAUAAUUCUUAAUGUACAUCUAUUGAAUGAAGGCAUGCUAACUACAAAUGUGUAUGAUUAUGCCCACUUUACAGAUUACAGCAAUGUUCUUGCCACAGUGCGGUAGUACACUAUCAAAGGGUAUAUAUAUAUAUAUUAUAGUUAAACUAUAUAUAUAGUUUUAUUUCAAAGUUCUCGGCUCCAGGCAAAGUAAGGAGGGCCCCCACAGAAAAUGUUGCCUAGGGCCCCCUGUUGUCUAGAGCCGGGCCUGCGUACAGACAUGAGAGUGCUAUCGAUCUUCUUAUCUAACUCUUAACAAAAAAACAAGCAUAUUUCCCCAAAAUGUUGAACUAUUCCUUUAAUCAAUAUUCAAAGUGAAAUAUGUGUCAAAACGACAAUUUGUGAUUUUUUUUAGGGGGAGUUUUGUGUUGUAACUAUUUCUUGGGUAACAACAGCCGGAAACUGCCAGCAACGUUGCAACCAGCAGAGAAACUGCACAGAUGUUCUGGGUGAAUGGAUAAAAAUGUUGUUUGUCAAAGAGAUAGUUCUAGCAAACUCCCUCUAAAGCCACAGAUUGUAAUCUUUCGAUUUCUGUUUGUGUGCUGAUUUAAUAUAAAUAGAGUAGCAGGCAGGUGGAAUUUUUGAAGUUUGGACAGAGCCAAGCUAGCCGUUUCCCCCUGCUUCCAGUCUUUAUGCUAAGCUAGGCUAACCUAGCUUCCUGGCUCUAUACUUAACACACAAACAUGACAGUGGUAUUCAUUUUCUUAUCUAAUGCUUGGCAAGAAAACAAAUGAGUGUAUUCCCAAAAUAGUUGAAAUAUUCUUUUAAAGCCAACUGUCAAUCCCUCUGAACGCUAGCCUACUGUUCAAAAACCUGUCACAUCUUAACAUGUUGUUCCUUGUCAACAGCAGCAUUAAACACAGAACAACUGAAAUGAUGAAUUAUGAAAAGAAAUUACAGAUUAAACCCGUAAACAUGGAUCAUGAUUAUCUAUCAAAGUACAUGUUUGGGGUGUAAAUCUACUAUAUUUCUCUCCACUCCACUCUUUUGACCUGAAGGACCAUGAGGAACUCACAUCAACAUUCAGAUACGAAGUGUGCAGAGCUGCCCAAACCACAUCUGGAUCAAACUGGAGAUGCAAGCUAUUUUUAGCAGCAGUUUACAGUGGCAGAUGGGAGGGGGUCGUCUGUGUUUGGACAAUGGAUAAUAAACUGGUUGUCAGUCACCGCCAAUUAUGCCACAACAGACUUAGCCUCUCUGAUUGAUGGAAAAGGAAAAGAAAUCCACCCUCAGAUACUUUUCCUUGUAUUUCUGGGCCUAUUUUGUGUGGUGGUGUAUUUUUUCUGUAGGCGACAUGGUGUGACAUCACGUUAAGUUUAUUUCUGGCAGCUGUAAAUGAGAUUCGGGGAUCUGAUUAAUUUUGAAACUACAGUUCAACAAUCAUACAGUGAGAAAUCCAUCAUAGAUGAUGCAGAGAAACACCAGCAGUAGCCUCAACAGAAUGCAAUGCAGCCACAAUAUAUCUGUUUUGUUGAGCACACAAGUCUCACAUCUGUUAUUGCUUUGUCCACCGCUUAUAACCAACAACUGAUGCAGCAAAUUUUUACCUGUUCUCUUUGAAUUGUUGAAAGGCAUUUUGGAAAUUGUAGAUAAUCACCUCUCAGUGGGGAAAGAAGUACUCAUAGUAAAGGUGUCAGUAUAACAAUGUGCUUCAUUACAAGUAAAAGUCCUGCAUUCAAAAUCUUACUUAGGUAAAAGUAUUAUCAGUAAAAUGUACUUAAAGUAUCAAAAGUGGUCCCUGUGAGUGUUAUAUUAUUUUAUAUUACAAUAUGAGAUUGUUAUGACUGAUGCAUUCAUUUAUAAGCAGCAUUUUACUGUUGAAGCAGGUCGUGGUGGAGCUAGUUUUAAUUACUUUAUAUACAGUUUGUCCAGUGGUUCCAACCAACGGGUCAGGCCCCCCCAAAGGGGUCACAAGAUAAAUCUGAGGGACCCCCAAAAAAUGAAUGACAAGAUUUAAUUUAGACAUCACUCUUGAAAUAAAUCGAACAUCACAGAUUGAUGAUAUUCUGAAUAUCUGAAGGUGGAUUUUUUUUUUCCUUUUUACUGUCUGGCAUUUAUUGUUUUGCCUUGUUGGGUGAAAUACCACCCAUGUGACACACAAUGUACAAAAAAAUUGCUAAAAAUGACUUGCAAAUACUAUUUGAUCCAGGUCUGGUGUCUAUUGAGAAACUGAUCUCAUCUAUGUUAGGGAAACGGACCUGUUGUGUUGGACUGUAUUGUCCCUUACUGAAAUACAUGAGUACUAUUUGCACAUGAUAAUGGAAGAAAAAUGAUGAUUAUGAUGUGUUUUGCUUUUGACUUGCUUUUAACAAUAAGUGACCAAGAAAACAACAGCGUACUGUAUAUUUCAUGCAAGUACUGUAUUAGUUUUAAAGUAGAACUACAUCAGGUUGCACUAGCGUAAACAGGUUUCUCUGUUUUUUGCUUGGAAAAUAAAAUGUUUUUUAAAACGAUGACGGGGGCAAAAUAGUACUUGAACACACAAGAAGUACUUGAAAUAAUUGUAAGAACAUUUUUAUCUUAACUUGCCAAGGGAUGUGUGCACAGUUGAGACUAUUACAAGAUAAAUCAUGUGCAUCACAUCUAGUCCAAAACUUUACUGUACUAUUUUGCCCAAGUAUAGAAAAGAACUUCCACAGAAAACAUUAAAAACAUGGAUAUUUUAUCUAAAAAACUGCCUGUUACUGUUGCUUUACUGGAUGUCCUGAUCACCGGAUAACCACCUUAAAUUAAUUUUAAUUUAAAGAGAAGAUUUAUGAAAUAAAUUUCUGUAUACAAUAUAAGUACUGUAUAAGAUGUAGCCAUGUGAUGUUACCAUCUCCAUGCUGUUUCUUAACAUGUGCUGUGUGAGAAACGCCUGCUGAAUGUAUAGAAAUGACCGUUUGGUCCAGAUGGUUUCCCCCUGGGAAUUCUGACCUAAGUCCAGUUCCGGACAAUCUACAGCAGGUUAGUCACGAGCGGAAAGUAUGGCGGUGUAUCAUUAUGUCAUCGUUUGUGGCAGUAUGUAUAUUUGUUAUAUCCAACUCAUCAUCAUGUCGUACUGAAAGCAGGGGGUGGACAAAAUAACAGAAACCCUUCACAUUAAAGCAGCAAAUACUGUUUUGGAAAAGGUGUUAAUGUUGCGUUUUUAAUUAGGCCACCAGAACAGAGGUGCCACAGGUGUUGAUUCAGCCAAUUUAUUUGGUCAAGUCCAUAAUAUCUAAAUCAUUUCCUAAACAUUUUCAAUAUUUUUCCUGGAAAGAACAAUGUAAUUUUGUUCUAAUUAUUGAGAAAAUGAAAAAUGGUACACUUCCACUUAAUGAAUUCCAGUUCAUUUCUAGUGUAACCUAGAGCCUUUUAGUCAGUGCACUUAUAAACAUGCAUAAAUGUUAAAUUUGUUUACAAGCAAACAUACAAUUCAACAUAAAUGAAGAAUAAAAGUUUACGAUAUUAAAUAAAUAAUGAAUGGAGAUUUA